AUGAUGAUCAGCUUGGCAGAGCCACUCAGUGUGGACCUCGCGACAUCUCUGCUUUUUGUGGGAGCUGCGCUGUUAUUCUGCACUCUGUCCACAGCUUUUGUCACCAGAUGCAAACUGGCCGAAGAGCUGCCCUGGAUCACCCGAUGGAAUGCAGCCAUUGGGGGCCCACUGUUCCUACUGAGCGCCGUGUCGAGCACGGAAGCACGACGCCUUUGCAACAGCAUGGGUCAGCUCAUUUUCUUCAGGGGAUUGCUGCUGGGCGUCCUUCUCGCGGUCUUCCUGGCGCCGGUUGACGACUUUGACGCUGCCAUCUUCACCACCUUGGUUUUCAAAAGCAGGUUUACAAGGACGCCCUUCGUUAUCGCGUGGCUCAUUCUUUGGGCGAUGCAUAUCCUCACUGGGAUGGUGGCAGUCUAUCAAGUCCAGAUGCGCCAAGCCAGAAAAGACGAGGAGCGUCUUGUGCGGGACAUCGACCGCCAGCUCUAUGGUGCCCUUACGCCUGCAGCAAGAGCUGGAGCUGAGUCCGCAAAUCGACUCCCAGCUGCAGGCGAGUCGGCUGGUGUUCAACAACCUAUGCCUGGCAUACCUUCCGAAGGCCAGUCGCCAGGGCCUUUGAAAUCUCAGACCUUUGGUGAGAUGUAA